AUGGACGAGGCAGCGACGGCGGCCCUGGCGGCGGCGAGGGGGCGGUGGACGCAGUGGGAGGAGGUGGUGGUGUCCAACGACCGCGGCAGUCGCCUCGUGCACUACUACCUCCGCGGCAACGGCGAGGCGAAGGAGCUGGCGGUGGUGGGGCGGGAGAGGAGCCCGCGUCACAUGUCGUACGCCGUGCAGGGGCGGUUCCUCCGCGCGCUCGCGGCCGCCGCGGGGGCGUUCGCCGUCGCGCCGUCGCCGUCACGGUCGCCCCUGGCGGCUGCUGGGGCGGACGGCGGCGCUCCGAGGAGGUGGCGGUCCAGGCGGGAGGUCGUGGACUGGCUGUCCUCCCUCGUUUCCGGUUAUAAUUAUGGUUCCUCCUCAAUGGCUAAUAGGUGCAAUGGGGAUUCAUAUGAUGACAGUGUAAUUAACUGCACUCAAGUUACUGCUUCGAAGGAUGUUUCUUCUAGGGAAGCUUCGAAUGAUUUCACAUGGUUGGAAGCUCCCUGGCAUUGCCAACAACGUUUGAAGCACUACAAAUCUUUCUGCCGUCGAGGAAUUACUAUCUCGGUGCAUAGUUUUGUAUACAUCAUGAGUGAAGAGAUGAAGAGACUUAUUGCUUAUGUGGAAGAUCUCUAUGAGGAUACAAAUUCAUGCAAUAUGGUCAAGGUACAAUGGUUCGACAAAGUUGACGAGGUUGGUGUUUCGUUGCCCAUGGAUUUCGAUGACACAGAGAUAUUCUUUUCUCUGGGCCGUCAAGAUCUCAAUGUAGAAUGCAUUGAUGGAUUGGCUGCAGUCCUGAGUGCCCAGCACUACGAGAAGUUCAAGAGUGAUACCAGAUGCAGCUUGUGGCAACCUUAUUUUUGCUGUCGGCAGAUUGAUAAUGGUGAAGUCAAGCCUUUUGAUGUCACACAGCUGCAAGGCUACUGGAGCCAGGAAGUACUUAGGACCAUGUUCAACGCAACUUCCUCUCUGAAGGUGCGUUUCAAGGUCCCUAAAUCCGGACCCAGUUCAGAUGGAGGGCUGAAGAGGAAGCGUGAUGCACUCAACAAUGAUGCUAAUCCACAGAAGGCCAUUUGUUCUGGUGCUUCUACUUCUAGGUUUUAUGGUGAGAACAUCAAACACUUGUGUCCUGGUUGCCAUGUGGAAGUACUAUCUCAAGAUAGUGGUAUAAGGGGAUGUUGGUUUAGAUGUUUGAUUCUGAAGAGGCAUAAAGAUAAAAUCAAGGUGCGCUACCUAGAACUUCAGGAUGCUGACGAGACUGGAAACUUGGAGGAGUGGGUUAUGCUAACACGAGUUGCCAAACCUGAUCAACUGGGUAUACGUUUCCUUGGAAGGCCAAUGGUUCGUCCACAGCACGUGGAAGAAAGUAAGGCCUCGUGCUUUGAUGUUGGAGCCAUUGUUGAUGCGUGGUGGCAUGGUGGCUGGUGGGAGGGAAUAGUGUUGUGCCAUCGAGGCAGCGGGCUUCUACAAGUUUAUUUUCCAGGAGAAAAACGAAUCGCUGAAUUUGGUGAAGAUGAGCUGAGGUGUUCCCUUGAGUGGGUUGGUAACAAAUGGAGUCCUUUGAAGGGAAGAAAAGAUAUCGCAAGCCAGCUGACCUCCACCUCAGAUGGAAGUAAAUAUUUGAUUGGGAAACAAGAUCAGCUGAAUUUUACUGUCCCUCCAAAACCAGAAGCUCAACUAGAGGGACUUCGAUAUGACAAGAGGGGUAUUGAGAAAUCUUCAGUCUGCACUAUCUCACGAGAUCAGAAACGUGUCCUUGCCGACCUGACUAAUGAUCUGAAGUUAGAUAACUUGAGGUGGAUGCCAAGAAAGAGGAGCAGAAGAUCUGGCUCAAGAAAGCAUUCUGACACUAGCAGCGGAAGCAGCAGUGGGGACAUGGACUUGUCCAGCCCCAGUGGAAGCUUUGGUCAACUUAAUCUAGUGCCCGACGAGGAGGCAUGCAAGAACAGUGGAGAGGAGCCUUUUAUGGGUGUGCCUGUGCAGGUUCCCAAUCUUGUGAUGUCCAGUCCGAUAAAGGCAUCCAAGCGUCCAUCUCGACAGAGGCUGUGUCCAAAGCAUCGUCACAAGUCGGGCACUGGGCAGAGGAAAGGAAAAUGCCAUACCGGGCAUCCAGAGGCAGCCUGCGUGCCCCACCCAGGAGUCCAGGACCCAGCUGCCCGCCCACUUGCACCCUGCGGCCCUGCCCUUGAAAAGGGGCGGGCUCCUCCUGCCUUCAGGAUCAGGACCACCGCCGCUGGUCGUGGUCGAGCAGCAGGGAGAUUGAUGAGCGGCAAGCAGCUCUACUGCAUGACGGUGAGGAUGAACAUCGACUGCAACGGGUGCUACCAGAGGAUCAGGAGAGCGCUCCUCCACAUGCAAGACCUGGAGAGCCACCUGAUCGACCGGAAGCAGCACCGGGUGAGCGUCUGCGGCGCCUUCGUGCCGCAGGACGUGGCCAUCAAGCUCCGCAAGAGGACCAACCGCCGCGUCGAGAUACUCGAGAUCAAGGAGGUCGACACGGGGGCUGGAGGCGAGGGCGAACCACCGGCGGGGUCCGACGGCGGCGGCCAGCAGCCGUCCUGA